CGGAGACGGAGGAGGAGCUGCUGUCGUGGUGGUGGAGUUAGAAAAUGAGGCGGAGUAUGAUGACCCCAUCGAUCUCGCUCGCUCGCUCGCGUCCCUUCUCUGUCGAAUUUGGGGUUUUUUGAACCGGGAAGGUCAAUUAAAUUCGGUUUAAGUAAAGAUCGAUCAAAUCAUUGGACGAGGUUGGUAUGGUACCUUUGUAGGCUUGGCUUACGGGUUUGAAUUCCUUCGAUUUCCUUAAUUUUGGUUCUAGUUUUAAUCCCAUGAUUCUGAUGUACAACUAUGAGUUGCUGUUAGUUUUUUCCGUAAUGAGUGUUAAAUUUGAGGACCAGACUGUAAUAGUUCUAGGUAGAAGGUACAAACUAGAACAAUAUUUUUGAAAAAUCGACCAUGUCAUGGAUUCAGGUUCAAGAGCUACUUGUACAUCAGAAUUUAUAUAGAGAUACACUACACCUUUAAGCUGUUAACAAAUUUAGUAUAGAGCAAGGGCCUAUGGCGGCAAUGAUGAAAGUUGUUGAUCCUGCCAAAAAAGAUCUGAAAUUUCAGAGCGGUGAAGUUCAGAGAGGGAGAGAGUUGGAAUCUAAAAAGACUGUCUUCAUUGAUUAAGUAAGAAAGUGUCAGGAUUCAAGUGCCAUCUGGAGGGUGAAAUCUAGAGAGGUGCAAUGUGUCAUGAUGAGUCGAGAUCCUCAGCAAGUGGCGGAGGGCUGUCAACUACGGCUGUAUCAACUGGCGGAGGGAGAAGUCGUGGUUUUUUGCGCGGUUGGCAGAUCCAUAAUACCUUUUUUAACAUCAAGAUCAUGAUUCUCUGCGGCUUCGUGACCAUCCUCGUCCUACUUGCAACAAUCAGUAUUGGUAACCUUGGAAGCUCUUCCAACGCUGACUCUGUUAAGCAGAGUUUCAUCGAGGAAGAAACCAUUCCGAUGACUAUCCUCCCGGAGAUCCCAUCUGAUUCGAAUUCGACGGACUUGGUUGCUGCUGAGCCGCCUAAAGCUGAGAUUUUUACUACUCCCAAUGCGACGUACACUCUAGGUCCUAAAGUCACCAACUGGGAUAGUCAACGCAAGGUAUGGCUGAAUCAGAACCCUGAGUUUCCUAGUACUGUCAAUGGCAAAGCUCGAAUCUUGCUUCUCACAGGCUCUUCCCCAAGCCCCUGCGACAAACCAAUUGGAGACUAUUAUCUUUUGAAAUCCGUGAAGAACAAGAUUGAUUACUGUAGGCUUCACGGGAUAGAGAUUGUGUAUAACAUGGCUAAUUUGGAUGAGGAGCUCUCAGGGUAUUGGACGAAACUGCCUAUGAUUAGGAUAUUAAUGCUGUCUCAUCCAGAAGUUGAAUGGAUUUGGUGGAUGGAUAGUGAUGCUUUGUUCACUGAUAUACUGUUUGAGAUCCCCUUGUCUCGGUACGAGAAGCAUAAUCUGGUGAUACACGGUUAUCCGGACUUGUUGUUCAACCAAAAGUCAUGGAUUGCAUUGAACACUGGUGUCUUUCUGUUGAGAAAUUGUCAGUGGUCGUUGGAUUUAUUAGAUGCUUGGGCUCCAAUGGGACCAAAAGGGCCUAUCCGUGACGAAGCUGGGAAGGUACUGACAGCUUAUCUGAAAGGCAGGCCAGCAUUUGAGGCUGAUGAUCAGUCUGCGUUGAUAUAUCUCCUGCUUUCGCAGAAGGAUAAGUGGAUAGACAAGGUUUAUGUUGAGAAUCAAUACUAUUUGCACGGGUUUUGGGAAGGUUUGGUUGAUAAGUAUGAAGAGAUGGUAGAGAAGUAUCAUCCAGGAUUGGGGGAUGAGAGAUGGCCUUUUGUGACACAUUUUGUGGGGUGCAAACCGUGUGGCAGCUAUGCUGAUUACGCAGUCGAUAGAUGCUUCAAGAGCAUGGAGAGGGCUUUUAAUUUUGCAGAUAAUCAAGUGCUUAAGUUGUAUGGGUUUAGCCACAGGGGAUUGUUGAGCCCCAAGGUUAAGAGGAUCAGAAACGAAACAGUUUCUCCUUUGGAGGCAGUAGAUAAAUUUGAUAUUCGAAGAAUGCACGUGGAAACCAAACCAUAGAGCUAGGAAAAUCAAUGAGUGAACGGAAAUCAUAGCUUGGAAAGAUUACACGAAACAUAUAGGUAAUAUACGGAUGCUCUCACAAACACAAUGCAAUUUGUUGGCAUGUGCUGCACUUUUUCCUUCUUUGCUUCAUUAUAUCUGUUGUUGAUUGGCAAUAGUUUUAGUUGUCAAAUUCUUUUUCCAUAGAUGUGUGUCCUGUCAAUUUUUAGUCAAUAUAUGGAGAAAUUUGAUACUGCAA